AAAAUGUCUCACCUUUAAUUUUCUUAAGAUUCAUGUAGCAGUGAAGAAUCAGAAAUAAAAAUUGAGACUUCCUCUUCUUCUUAUGUUAGCAAGAAAUCAAAGAAAAUUAGAAAUGUUGAACCAAAACCCCCUAAUUAUGGGUAUGGAAGACCGGGAAAAGAAUCUAUUUCUCAAUUAUCUAAUGAGCAAAGAUAAUUUAUUGAAAUAAAUAUGAAAGAAGUCUGGUUUUGUACAAAUUUAUCAACAAAAUGUUUAAUCUAUCUGUGCAAUAAAGGAAACAUGAUUCUUAAAGUUAAAACAGGAAAACCAGCAGAACAUGUUAAGAGGAAAUUUUUAGAAGUUUUUGGAAAGCCUAAUUUAAAAUUCUAUAAAAAGUAUAAGAAAGACUUCAAGAAAAAGCUUUAGGUAAUUAUUUGUUUAUCACUUAAGGAAAAACAUAUAACUAUAUUAAAGCACUUAGGGUACUCAGAAAAAACAACUUAUUUAUUUUUAUCUAAUAACAAUGAAAAUCAAAUAGACCUAAAGUUAGAAUAUUUUUCAGAUGAAGCCAGAAAUGGUCUAGCAUCUCUUAUAAAAUACUUAUCUCCAUAAUUUAUUUACACAUUUAAAGUAAUUGUUGAAUGUUUCGACUGGAGUUUGGCCAAUAUUUAAGAGGAAGAUUCAAACAUUAUUGAUUUUAUUGUUGAGAAAUUAAAAACUGAUAAAAAAAAUCAUUAAAUGAUUUUUAAUAUGCAAUUAAUUUAAGAACUCUUAUAUGAUGAUACAAAACUUUUGAAUUAAAUUGUAUUCCAAUUAUUUAUAAUAGGAAAAUGAUCCUGAACAAGCAUAUUUAUAUUUGAAAUCUAAUAUGACGGUCACCAUUCCUAAUUUCAAUUCUAAUUCUUACAAAGAUUAAGUAGAAUCUAUUGAAUAAUAUUCUAAAUGGAUCAAUACCUUUAUAAGUGAAUUUGUUGACAUUUUAUAAUAAAAUCAAUGA